AUGUUGAAUUUUGUUAUUAGUCUUCUAUGUUGUCAUAUCUUUUUGAAUAAUGCAAUUAUACUUCAUUGUGAUUUUGAAACCGAUUGUUUUGAUUUUACUUUUGAUUCAAAUUGGGGUUUGACAGAUGGUAAUCAUUCUCAAGGUAUCGAUCAUGAUCAUACAUUAAACACAAGUGCCGGUCAUUAUCGUUAUUAUAAUCCAUUAUCGAUUCCACGAGGUCAAUGGACACAAAUACAAACGACCAACUCAUUACCGCUGUCUGCGAAUCGUAGUUUAUGUUUUUCCAUGUGGUACUUUACAUCUCGUGCUGAUUUCCCAUUCAAUAUUCAAGUUGGACAAGGUGACGAUGGACAAUUAACACGUGUGUUAUUUUCCACUUCAGGACAAAAUGUUUCAACUAACGAUUGGACAUUAAUCAAUGUUACAUUACCAUCUGAGGAGUUAAAGAUAUUUAUUCGAUUGAAUGUUACAAGCCAACCAUUAACAUUCGAUGAUUUUUCAGUCGAAUAUUGUGAUGGAGCAAGUCCAGUACCUCCAAAAAUGUUCGAUUUAUGUGAUUUUGAAUCAUCAUGUAGAGAUGAUUUUGUUUCUUUAACUCAAUAUGCAUAUCAAUGGUCAAUUCUCAAUGCGAGUGAUGCUGUCAAAAUAAAUAGAGCGGCACCAGCUGUAGAUUUUACUUUUGGAAAUUUCGUAAAACAUUCAUGA